UUGCCAAUCGUUCUGUGUAGAUAAGGAUGGCAAAAGAAGCCAUAGCUUGAGAGCAUGACAUAUAUCACAACCAAAACAACACUUUUAAAUUAAAUAAAAAAAGAAAGUAAAAACAUGGCAACUUCAUGUACCAUACUUUCAUCUUCUCUCCUCCCCACUAGGGUUCUAACAGCAAAUCCUCAAACCCAGCAACUCCACCCAGUUCCCAGGAGGCGUCCCAGCUCCUUCAGAGUUCAAGCUGCCAAACUUCCUGCUGGGGUGGUGGUGCCAAAAGUAGAGCCAAAACUUAAGGCCCCUUUAGCUGGAUUCACCAGGACUGCAGAAAUAUGGAAUUCUAGAGCUUGUAUGAUUGGACUUAUCGGAACCUUCAUUGUGGAACUGAUAUUGAACAAGGGAAUACUGCAGUUGAUCGGAGUGGAGAUUGGAAAAGGCCUUGAUAUUCCUCUGUGAUCGUUAAAUUUGGCUGUGUUGAGGUCUUUAUUUGUAACAAGCACCUGUACCAAUCUGCAUUUUGCAAUUCAUCUAAGUGGGUAAUUCUGUUUUGUACCUCAAUUAAUUUGUGUGAAGAUCUGACUCUUGUAAUAUAGGACACUUCUGAUAUUCUUCACUUUUUACGUCCAA